AUGAAAUUGAGCUUCUUCGCGGCCACUCUGCCUCUGUCGGCAGCCGUGACGGCGCUGUCUCUUCCCCCACGUGCCAAUCGCAUUGUAAAUCAGACGACUUGUGGGGACCAUAAGUAUGCAUACACCGGCCUAGAAGGCUACGGCUUCAUUCCGUCCAACGCGCUCGACAAAUACGGCGAUACUCUUGGAGGCAUUGGCAGUUCUGCGACCAUCGACCAGGCUUCCUGGCGCCAGACAGGCCGUGGUUCGUUUGAAGGCGUCGCCUACUGUCUUCCUGACCGUGGCUGGAAUACCAAUGGCACAAUAAACUUCCAGCCACGCAUCCACAAGAUCGGACUUUCUCUUCACCUCGCCCCCAAUGCUUCGGCGCAACACCCCUCCAAACCAAACCUCCAUCUCAAGUAUCUCGACACCAUCCUUCUCACCGACCCCAAGGGCCAGCCCCUCACCGGCCUCGAUGCCGACGAGACAGGCUCGGCCGCAUACUCUGGUUUCCCUCCCUUACCUGUAGCAACAUACGAGGGCGACGGCUUCGGGGGGUCCGGCCCCGGCGGCAAAAGAGUGACGGUCGACGCCGAGGGACUCGUCCUGGACACGGCGGACGACGGAUUCUGGGUCUCUGAGGAAUACGGGCCCUACGUGUACAAAUUCACCGCGACCGGGCAGAUGGUGCAAGCGAUCCGGCCACCGGAUGCCAUUCUCCCCCAUCGCAACUCCACCGUCAGCUUCAGCGCCGCCAGCCCGCCGGUCUACGAUCCCAAGCGCAUGCCCGUUCCCGAGGAGACCGAAAGCGGCCGCAACAACAACCAAGGCCUCGAGGCCCUGAGUCUCUCCUCCGACGGCAAGACCCUGUACACGAUGCUGCAAUCUGCGCUGGACCAAGAGGGCGGACCCAAGAAGAAGAACCGACAGCCUACGCGUUUCCUCGCGUAUGAUAUCUCCUCUAACACGCCCAAACUCAAGCACGAAUACGCCGUCCUCCUUCCCAAGUACAAUGACUACACGAAAGAGGACAAGAAAGACCCCAUGCGCGUCGCCUCGCAGUCCGAGAUCCUAGCCCUCCCGACUGGCGACUUCCUGGUCCUUUCCCGGGACUCGAACUUCGGCCGCGGCCAGGAUAACACCCGCUCCGUGUACCGCCACGUCGACGUCUUCUCGAUCUCGAACGCCACGACCGACCUGAAGGGCAAGUACGACGAAACCGGCGCGUCGAUCGCCUCCUCCAAGGGCAAGCUGAACAAGGACAUCACCCCUGUCGAGUACUGCUCUUUCCUGGACUUCAACGUCGAUUCGGAACUGGCGAAGUUUGGCCUGCAUAAUGGCGGCGACCAGGACGCUGGACUACUGAAUGAGAAGUGGGAGAGUUUGGCACUGGUUCCGACAGGCGCGCCCUUGCAGAGCAACGGCAAGACGGAGUACUUCUUGUUUACCUUCAGUGAUAAUGAUUUCAUGACUCAGGAUGGAUAUAUGAAUUUCGGUCGGUUCAAGUACUCGGACGGGUCUGGGUAUGAUAUUGAUAACCAGGUGCUGGUGUUCAGGGUGGAAUUCUAA